GUAUGCAUGAUCCAUACAAUGAAUGAAUGUACGUAGUUUGACUCAAACUUCAGAUCGGCACAUCGAAGGUCACCAGCCUCAACAUCGGUUCUCUUUGUACACUCCCUUUUAUAAGACACUCGUUCUGUACAUAAGCACUUUAUAAGAUUUGAUACCCUUCUGGAUCACUACCGUUAUACUAUCUUCUGGAUUAAACCUAGUCCAGUCUCAGGACAAGAACAAUGUGCAAAUCCGAUCUCCACGACUUCCUGCAUGGUCUUCCCAAAUGCGAGCACCACGUCCAUUUAGAAGGCUGUCUAGCCCCGGACCUAAUCUUCGAACUAGCCAAGAGAAACAACGUCUCACUCCCUGACGAACCAGCCUACGAGUCCAUAGAGACUCUCAGCCACCGCUACGGCCAUUUCACAUCUCUCGACGACUUCCUCCGCUUCUACUUCAUCGGCAUGUCAGUGCUGCACCAUGAGUCCGACUUCGCAGACCUCGCCUGGGCCUACUUCCAAAAAGCCCACGCCGACGGCGUCCACCACGCAGAAGUCUUCUUCGACCCGCAAGUCCACCGAGACCGGGGAAUCCCCUACGAGACCAUCGUCUCAGGCUUCGUGGCCGGCUGCCAGCGCGCCGAGAUGGAAUUAGGUCUAACGACCCGUCUCAUCCUGUGCUUCGUGCGCCAUCUCCCCGUCGACAACGCCGCACGGGUGUACCAGGAAGCCCUGGAUCAGCAACACUUCGACAACGAGGUCGUCCAUGGACUAGGUUGGUCGUCGACGGAAGUCGGGCCCCCCAAGGACAUGUUCCGGGAGCUGUACUCGUCGGCUUCGGCGAAGGGCAUCAGACUGACGGCUCAUGCCGGCGAGGAGGGCGAUCCAUCGUAUAUUAGUGCUGCGCUGGAACUGGGCGCCCAGCGUAUCGACCAUGGUAUUCGGCUUGUGGAGGAUCCUGUGCUUAUGGAGAAGGUGGUGAGGGAUCAGGUUAUGUUGACUGUUUGUCCGAUUUCGAAUCUGCAGUUGCGUUGUGUCGAGUCUAUUGCGCAUGUUCCUAUUCGCAAGUUCUUGGAUGCGGGUGUUAUGUUCUCUAUUAAUAGUGAUGAUCCGGCGUACUUUGGGGGUUAUAUUCUGGAUAAUUAUUGUGCUGUGCAGGAGGCGUUUCAGCUGACGGUGGAUGAGUGGAGGGUUAUUGCUGAAAAUAGUAUUAGGGGGAGUUGGAUUGGCGAGGAGAGGAAGACCGAGUUAUUGAAGCGUAUUGAUGAUCAUGUGCAGAGACAUGUUGCUGCUAUUUGAGUGGGGAGACUUUCCCUCCAGGUGUACGAUAAUUUACUCGAGCAAGGAAGAUCUCCAUUCCAAAUAUACAUAUACCGUCGUCCUGAACAAGCAGCAGUAGAACCUCGACAAGAAACGAAAGGCGGAUUCGGGCCUGGAACGUGUUCUUCACACUUAUCCUCAGUGGAGGUUUUGUGGGGUUGGUUUCAAUGAUGGCAAGAGAAGACGCCUGCUGCUGUGCAAAAAACCAGAAACAAACUGGACCUUAACUUCCCACCGUUGUGCUAAGGUCUAGUAUUAGGGUUGGUCAAUUUUGAGAUUGCAUGCAUCUGGUUUGUGCAGCAUGUCGCAGGGAUUGAGUUGAGCACGGUACUCUUUUCUCUAGAUUCAUCUUUAGUAUACUGUGAGGUAUUUGAACAUUGUAAAUUGUUGGUAACCGUUGUACUUUAUUCUCCUUUCUGCCAUUAUGUAGCAGUAUGUGUGAAUGCAGAAUAAAGAUUAGUUAGAUGAUUAUGUCG